AUGGGGGAUCGAGAAAAGUUGACACAACUUCCAACCCUCCCGACUGAAAUUAUCCCCGAAAUUCUAGCCUGGCUUGAAGUAAAGCCCCUGUGCCGAUUCAGGUGCGUGUCGAAGUCCUGGAAUUCUCUGAUUUCUGAACCCGGUUUUGUGAAAUUGCACUCUAGCAAAGCCAUUGAGCAUGAGCAGGUGCUUCGCCAAAGACACAGAGUCAUGGCCACUGGUGAACGCGGUAAAGUUUACAUAUUUGACCUCAAUGAGCUUUUCGAUCAAGUUGAUCUAGAUAAUCCUGAGGGUCAGGUAGUAGUCUCUGAGUCUGAGUCGGAUAGCAUAGGUGAUAGUCUUAAUGACAGUGAUUCAUUAGGCACCGAGUCUGAGUCGGAUGACCAGCUGGAUGAUGAUUCUUAUGAUAGUGAUGAUGACAUGCAUUCCUGCUUGCCGUUUUACUCCAAUGGCUUGGUGCUGAAGUACUUGUCAAAUUAUGAUAAGUUUAAGUUAUAUAAUCCUGCAACUAGGGAAUCGAAGGUACUCUCAAAACCAAAUUCAAAGUUUCUAUGGCAGAAUGUAAAUCAACAUAAGCUAUAUGGCUUUGGAUUUGAUUCCUCCUGCCUAGAUUACAAGAUGGUUUGUGGGGAGUACUACCGAUAUGAACUUUGGUUCAGUGUAUAUUCGUUGAAAACCGGUUCUUGGAGAGUCAUUCCAAGGGGAUAUGACUAUGGGGCUUUAGAUUUAAAAUCUAAUAUGGAGGGGAUAGUAGUAAAUGGAAAUAUUCAUUGGUUGGUUCGUACAAAAGACAGUGCAUCGUCCAUGGUUCUGGUGUCUUUUCUUGUUGCAGAGGAAAUGGUUCGGACUAUUCCGCUGCCGCCUGGUUUCAAUUCUGAAGGUGGUGAUUAUUAUCUGACUGUCUUUAGGGAAUGUCUAUGUGUGGCAGUGAAGGGGGGUCCAGAGUAUUGGAUCAUGAACGAAUAUGGAGUGAGAGAAUCUUGGACUCAACAAAGAAUGUCCGUCCCUAGUUCCCGAUGGUUACAUUUAGGUUUCAGGAAAAACAAUCAUGAACUGGUGUACUUCGAUGACCGUCAGCGUUUGGUUAUGUACAAUUUUAAUGAAGAUCGCUUUUGCAAUCUACCCUUUUGUGAUCGUCCCGGAAUUAAGUUUGCUGCGAUCUAUGUGGAGACCAUUUUUUCACUCAAGUGCUAUCGCGGCUUUGAUUGA